AGUGUAUAAUUGUCUAAGCUCUUCGAUGAAUACCUGUCAGUCAUUGAUCAAUCCAGACGGAUCCAAAGCAACAGUUUCUAAGGCACCAGGCAUCAAAAAAGCACUACAGACUGCUAUCCAGCAUCUGAAACCUCCCGAAAGUGUCUUGAAUGAAACCAAAUAUAUCUUAGAAGGCCUGGAUGAAAUACCUAUUGACAUGAAAGCUAGUGUUACACACGCUACAAUAGAAUUUGCUGGCAUUAAGUUCCGAUCGAAAGCGACAUCUGGACAGGAAUACAUCAUGCACAUAGAAAAUGGUAUUUUGAAAAAGACAUACGAGACAUUUCAAAAUAUUGGAACUAUAGUUGUCUGCGAGGAGAAAUACUCAUUCACCCCAGAUGACUUUAAAUGUGCCACACGGGUUAAUAGAAAGAAAAAGAUGGAGACACAAUCAAUUGCUCACCUGAAGAGCGGAGAGGAAAUUAUUAGUGACAGAAAAAUGUCAAAAUCAGCUGUCAUCAGUACAACCGAGGGGAAAAAAUUGAUCAGCAAUUACCUAGCCAAAAAUCUGUCAAAGUUGAACAUUAGAAAACCCAUGACGAUUAUUGUCGACAGUGAAAUGGUGUUCGAGUGUUAUAAUCAAUGUGAUGACAUAGAUUCAUGUGUGCACAAAAAAUACACCUUGCCCGUAGCCGCUCAUUUCAACAGAGCUGGAUUUGUCCAACAGGAAGUACUAGAGGAAGUGCACCAAACAAAGGGGGAGGCAGAGAUGGCACAAGUGGACUGGUUAUCAACACUUGAACCUAAAUUGAAAGAAGGCAGUGCUGUUCUUAGUGUUGUAUCAUCUGGCGAUAUUGACAGUGUUGUAAUACAUAUGAUGAUAUUAUCAUUACGGUGGCCACGAAAGGACGAUGGUACAUUCAAGACACCUGUGUAUGUUCUCCUCCAGAAAGUAAAGCCAGACAUAUACAAAAUAACAGACUUGAUACAAUACUUGGAACAAACACUGGGAUUCAAAUAUGCUGCAGUCUAUAUUGCAACAGUUUGUUUACUAGGUGGAAACGACUUCAUCCCAAAGUUACAAGACAAGACACACGAGAAAUGGAUGAGCAUUUUCCUGAAUGACAAAGGGCUACUGGAAAGACUAGUACAUAUUCAAGAAACAGUGGGAUUUCCGACAAUUAUGACAAUAGAUGAGGGAGUGUAUGUAACUGCUCUUAAAAGACUGUAUACAAGUAAAGGACUUCAUUCGUUGGAUUUGUCAUUCGAAGAGGUACGUCAACUUUCCAUCAAGGUACCAGGCAAAAAAGAGUUCAGGAACCCCACACUUUGGAUGCCACCAUAUUCAGCUGUGCAAUCCCUUAUCAGACUUAUAGACUGUCAGCUUGAAUAUAUGUUGACUGCAUGGACUCACAACGCGGAAUUACCAGACUUCCUUGGAAAGGGGUGCCUAACAAAGGACGCUUUCACGGGUAAUAUCAGUUAUGACUUUGGAAAAGAAAGUUACAUCGACAAAAUAGAUGAUCUUCUUCAGAUAGAUGAAGAUCUUCUAUCACAAAAAAUAGGAAGAGGUAAGAAGAAGGCGAAGUCCAAAAGAAAUCUAGACAACUGUACGCCACAGAAGGAAGUCUGCGUAAAGCGCAAGUCACAGAGACCUACCCCAAGGAAAAUGAAGAGAUCGCAAUGUGUGAAGGCACUACAGCUCCAACCUGAAACAGAAUCAUAAAGGAACCCCAAAAAGUCUGGAAGCCAGAAAGGGAAAGGGACUUCAUACGUCCCAUCCCAAUAUCCAUGACGUCAGAGAGGGAAAGGGACAUCACAUGUCCCAUUCCAAG